GUAAAGAAAAGCUGGACACAUUAGCCAUAUCUGUGAUGAAUCAAUGGCCUGGCAUUCGGCUGCGAGUCACGGAGGGAUAUGACGAAGAAGGUCACCAUUCUCGGAACUCGCUGCAUUACGAAGGUAGAGCAGUGGAUAUUACAACCAGCGAUCGUGAUCCAUCGAAGUAUGGAAUGCUAGCUAGGUUGGCCGUGGAUGCAGGUUUCGACUGGGUCUUCUAUGAAGCUAGAUCGCACAUCCAUUGUUCUGUAAAAAUAGAGUCAACUGUGCCUAGCAAAUCAACUGGUUGCUUUCAUGGAAGUUCAAAAGUAAUGACAAGGAAAGGUACGAAACUAAUGCAAGAACUGCAUAUUGGAGAUGAAGUUUUGACCUUUUUCACUCGAACAAAAUCUAUAGGCUACAGCUAUAUUAUCGCAUUCUUGCAUCGAGACCCUCAUGCAAUAACUACUUUCAUGAAAAUGAAGACAGAAUUUAAUUCUUCUCUCUUAAUCACUGCCAACCACAUUGUUUUUCAUUCUGCAAUGGACCAAGAAUUCCAAGGAAGUCACGCUUCAAAUUUGAGAGUUGGAGAUUCUGUUUACACCUUUCAUUCUUAUGAACUUAGAAAAGUAGUCAUAAACAGCAUAGAUUAUCAACUUAUGACAGGUGUUUUCGCACCACUUACUGAAGAAGGAACAAUUAUAGUGAAUGGUAUUUGGACGUCUUGUUACGCGGUUGUUGAUAAUCAUAUUUUAGCUCAUUUCAUUUUAUUGCCACUCCGUUUAAUUUAUAAGUUAGAAACAAUGUGGCCGACAAAUAAUUUCAUAUUUCAUAUUUUAAAUAAAGCAGCACCAUGGGAUGCAAAACCACUAAUUGCCACUUUUGGAUUCGACGAAACUAAAGAGUUGAAUAAAGUUCAUUGGUUUCCACGAACGCUUUGUAGGUUGACGACUACGAUGCAUUUAUUUUAUUGUCCAGACGAUGUUGAUUAGAGGCAUCCUCUAUAAUUAUUCAUGUGA